AUAGGAAGUGAUUCGAUAUUUAGGUCUCGACAAAUAAUCGUCAUCGUAUAUUUAGUUUGUUAUUGAAGAUAAGUAUGUAAUGUUCCGCGCGAAUGUUGAAGUUUUAAUUUUUAUUUUCGCGUUUGUAUAUAUAAUUUUAUUUAAAGACUCAGUGUGAACAGUGGUAUCUGUAGCUUGGCUUUACUUAUGGCUGAGCAAAAUUCUUAUGACUUUUGGACACGUUAUAGUAAUUUGUGUUUAAAGUGUAAAGUAUGUCCACUAAAGAGCGUCAUCAAACAUAUGAAAGGAACCACAUUAUGUUGCCCAGUGGAACGGAUACGAAGUGAACACUGGCAAUUUUUACUUUCUGCUUUAAGUGUGGAUAAUAGUUUAACUAGAGUACAGUUUAAGUCUGAUUUGCCAUCUUUAGAAGAGCAAGAAGCAUUGUGGAAGAGAAGGAGAAGAAAAAAAGAUGAAAGUUAUCCUUGUCCAUAUGGAUAUUCAUCUCACAAUAUUAGUGAUAUAUGUAAAUAUACUGCCCGCCUUUUAACUGUAUCCCAAACAUUACAAACAUUAAUUCUAGAAAAUUUGCCAAUUACUAAAGAAGAUGCACUACAUCUUGCAGAAGGCUUGAAAUCUACUCUUUUAAAAGAGUUUUCUUUAAGAUGCUAUCCUUUUUCUGAUGAAGUCAUAGAAAUUGUAUGCAGAGGACUCUGGGAUUCUAAUGUUUUCCUGAUAGAUUUUAGUGCUUGUAACUUGAGUCUUGAAGGUUUGAAUUCUAUUCGAAAUGUCAUUUUGAAACAUAAAGCUAGGAGAAAUGUCCAAGUAUUUCCUGAUACUUUAAGAUACAGAUUGCCUGUGUUUGAAAAAAUGAUGGGAUUAACUAGAAUUAUUUUUAAUGGCAAUAACAUUGGGGAUAAAGGUGUAAACAUGAUCUGUGAAGCUGUUUCUGAUGAUCGUUGGAUCCAAGCAUUGGAUUUGCAAUGUUGUGGAAUAACAAAUGAAGGUGCUAAGGCUAUUCUUGAGCAAAUCACUGCCAAUAAUGUCAUACAACUUGUAGAUCUUCGUUUAAAUGAAAUUGCUGGACCCAUUCUUGAUCGGAUAUCUCUGCAAUUAGGAGUCAACAGUUUUGGUAAACUUAUGAACUUUCCUCAUCUUCCUCUAUGGAAGCCAAGGUCAUUUUCUAAAGCCAUCCCAGUUCGAAAGAAUAAGUUAAAAACAAAAGUUUCAAAGAAAUAUUCUGUUGCUAAGAAGAUAAUUCGGAAAGAGACUAAAAGUCUUGAACAGGCUUUCAGGAUAUCGUGUGAAAUUAUUGAUAGCAAAGAGGGAAGUACAAAAGAUGCCAUGGUACAAACAAAUGUUCUUGAUGAAGUAAAACAUUUAAAGGAAAGAAAUAAAAAUUUAGAACUAACAAUACUCAAAGAAAUAUCAAUGAGAGAUUCUUUAAUGGAGUUGUCAGAAAAGUUUAAGUCUGAAAAUUUGAAGCUGCGCCACUUAAAUGAAACUCUUCGACGAGAAAAUAUGAAUCUCCGCCAGGAAAUCAUGAGAAAUUCAUCAUCAGACUCUGCCAUUCUUAUAGAUAAAGAAACUUACACAGAAAUUAAGCAUGUUUUUGAAAAAUUUCAAAGAUUCUUUAAGUUGAUGAAAGAUAAUGGAUUAUGGGACUUGGUAUCAACAAUUGGAGUUGCUGAAUAUGAAAAUACUAGAUUAAAAGCUGUGCCCAGUGAGUCAAAAGUAUGCUUUGUUGAAAAAGUAGACGUUCCUCCUGAUGGAUGUCCAAGUAAUGGUCCUAUUCUCAAACAACAACGUAACUGCUCUUGUCACAAUCCAGCUUGCAUUUCAAACCAAAAAGCUGAAAAAGAAAACAAUGUAUCCAUUGUGAAUCAGGCUCAAAAAUUUACCGAGGAAAGAGUGCAGCUGAAAAUGGACAAAGCAAAAGUUUCCAAAGUAUUUAAAGAUAUACGAGAAACUUACACAAACUGUGAUUUUGGGAAGCAGGUGCCCCCACCUCAUAGAUCUACUCGUAAGUAUUCAUUGGGAGAUGUGCAAGCAGGUUCAAAAUCUUUUCCUACGACUAAGCCUCUGUCAUUGAAAUGUGUUUUGAAUAGAGAUAUUCCUGAUAAAUUUAUGCAAAUCCAAACUCGUGAAGAUUUUUAUGAAGCAAUUAGAAGUGAAAUGGAAAAAAUAGAAUGUGCUUGCCAACUGCAUACGGCACCAAAAUCGCCAGACAAGAGUAGUCAAUCUGUAAAGAACCAAACCAAUGUAAAUAAUAAAGGUUUCUUCAAAAAUGUUUCUUCUCAGACUGCUGCUGUUGAGUCACUUUCCAAUUUCAAGGGCCAAAACAUAAAUAAUGGAAGUGCAUCCUCUGGUGCUUCACAGAAAAAUGUGGAACAGUCAAACAGUCCAAGUUCUGCCAUCAGAAAGGGAAUCUCCCUUAAACGAACAUUGAGCUUAGUAUCACGUGAGUGGGAUGAGCAUGUCAAAAAAAACUUUCCCGAUUGCAAUAUUGAGCAACGAGGGACAGCUGCUGGUGCUGAAGGUUCUAAUUCUAUUCUGGUUAAUCCAGGCUAUUUCAAAAGUAGAUCUAGUAAAGAUUUAGCUAUCACAAAAGAUAUAUCAACUCCAGCUCCAUCACAAGGCACUUCCAAAAGUACUUCCAGGAAGACUGUUAACUUAUUUUCUAGUAAUUCUGUUGAAAGUGAGCAUUCAGUGUUCCCUGAUGAUGAAAUCGAGUCUUGGGAAUUUCCUGACGAACAGAAAGGCAAGAUAAAAUCCACUCAAACACCCUCUAAUGUAGACAGUUCGAGCAAAAGCUACUUGGAGUCAGUAAGUGAUGCUUCUACUGACAAGGAUGUAAAGUCUUUGUCAGGAUCAGAACUGUAUGAAUCUGUCAAAAGUGAUUCCGUGAAUUCCAGAAGUAGCAAUAAAUCCAUAGCUCAAAAAGCUGUUAGUGUAUCCAGUGGUAAUCCUGGCGAUGCAAAGUUUGCCAAAGGUGAUUCUGUCAAUUCCAAAAGCAGCAAUAAAUCCAAAGCUCAAAAAGCUGUUAGUCAAUCCGGUGGUAAUCCUGGUGUCAUUAACUCUAUGGAAGGUGAUUCGGUCAAUUCAAAAAGUAGCAAUAAAUCUAAAGCUCAAAAGGCUACUAGUGACAGCGGUGGUAAUCCUGGUGUCAUAAACUCUGUCAAAGUUCCAAGCUCUACAGUUUUGUCUUAUGAAGUGGUAUUGUCCAAUAACUCUUCCAAAUCGUCCAAGAGGAGUCAGAAACAAAGGAAAAGUUCUAAUCAAAACGCAUCUGGUGGGAGAAAGACUGAAAAAGACAAUGUUUCUAGCUCCUCUGUGCCAUCAUUAAGUGAUAUUACUACUGUGUCCUCUCAUAGUUUGAAUACUGACUCAGUGAUGGAUCAACUAUCUGAAAGUGAGAAAGGGCUAAGUUAAUAACUGCCCCAACAUAACACUGACAAUAAAUUUGUUUUAUAUUUUAAAUUCUUUAUUGUGAAUAAACAAAUAAAUUUUCCUUUGAAUCUUACAAAAA